CUCUCAAACCCUCAAAAUUUCCUCCUCUCAAUAUUAUUUUAUUAUUAACAACCUUCUUUCGUUCCCUCCAAUUCGUUAAACCCUAAACUCGCUUCCCUCUCAGUUCCACGCCUUCGUCUCCUCUCGCCUCGCCAUGGCCACCGAUCCUACUCAGCUCCAACUUGCUCUCCUCCUUGGACCUGAUCCGGUCCAUUUCGAAACCCUAAUUUCUCACCUUAUGUCGUCCUCUAAUGAACAUCGCUCCUCCGCCGAGUCUCUUCUCUCUCUUCUUCGCCAAUCUCACCCGGACGCCCUCGCUCUCAAUCUUGCUCGCAAUCUCGCCUCCUCCAACCUCCCUGAGUGCCGUGCCAUGUCCGCAAUUCUCCUCCGUAAACACCUCACGCUCGACGAUUCUUCCUCGUUUAUCUACAAGCGCCUCACGCCGCCCACUCAAUCGAAUCUCAAAUCUGUUUUGUUACUUCAAUUGCAAAAGGAGGACAACAAGUCGAUAUCGAAAAAGCUGUGCGACGCCAUUUCUGAACUAGCCGCCUCAAUUUUACCUGACGGCGCUUGGCCUGAACUUCUCCCUUUUAUUUUCCAGUGUCUGGUUUCUUAUGACGCUAAACUUCAGGAGUCGGCGUUGUUGAUUUUAUCUCGGUUAAGUCAAUAUGUCGGCGAUGCUUUGACUCCUUACGCCGAAACUUUACACGGGGUGUUUUCGCGGUUUUUGAGCAGCGAGAAUUUUGGUUUGAAAAUUGCGGCGUUGGAUGGCGCCGUUAAUUUUAUAAUGAAUUGUUUACCGAGUUCAGAGGAUCAAGAGAUGUUUCAAGAUUUGUUGCCGUUGAUGAUGAGGACUUUAACUGAGGCCUUGAAUAAGGGGAAUGAGGCAGCGGCGCAGGAGGCAUUGGAGUUUUUGAUUGAGUUGGCAGCCACAGAGCCGAGAUUUUUAAGGAAACAAUUGGUGGAUGUGGUGGGAUCAAUGCUACAGGUGGCGGAGGCGGAGGGUUUGGAGGAGGGGACACGGCAUUUAGCGCUAGAGUUUGUUGUAUCUCUUGCAGAGGCACGAGAUAGAGCACCGGGGAUGAUGAGGAAGUUCCCCCAGUUCAUAAAGAGGUUGUUUGUGGUGUUGAUGAAUAUGUUAUUGGAUGUGGACGAUGAUCCUGCGUGGCAUAGCGCCGAGACUGAGGAUGAGGAUGCUGGGGAAACUAGCAAUUAUGGAUUUGGGCAGGAAUGUUUGGAUAGGUUGUCGAUUUCUUUAGGAGGGAGCACAAUUUUGCCUGUAGCUUCUGAAGUUUUUCCGGGCUUUUUGGCAGCCGCUGAAUGGCAGAAACACCAUGCGGUUCUCAUUGCACUUGCACAAAUUGCAGAGGGUUGCUCUAAGGUAAUGAUAAAGAAUCUGGAGCGGGUAGUUUCCAUGGUUCUGAAUUCAUUCCAAGAUCCCCAUCCUCGUGCACAAUGGGCAGCUAUCAAUGCUGUUGGACAGUUGUCCACUGACUUGGGCCCGGAAUUGCAAACACAGUUUCACCAUUGUGUGUUGCCUGCAUUAGCUGGAGCUAUGGAUGAUUUCCAAAAUCCUCGAGUACAGGCCCAUGCUGCAUCGGCAGUGCUAAACUUUAGUGAAAAUUGCACUCCUGAUAUCUUGACCCCAUAUUUGGAUGGAAUUGUGAGCAAACUUCUUGUACUCCUGCAGAAUGGGAAGCAAAUGGUGCAAGAGGGUGCUUUAACGGCAUUAGCAUCAGUUGCUGAUUCAUCUCAGGAGCGAUUCCAGAAAUAUUAUGACGCUGUAAUGCCAUAUUUGAAAGCUAUUUUGAUGAAUGCAAAUGAUAAGUCCAAUCGCAUGCUUCGUGCCAAAUCUAUGGAAUGCAUUAGUUUGGUAUUAAUGGCCGUGGGAAAGGAUAAAUUUAAGGAUGAUGCUAAACAGGUUAUGGAUGUCUUAAUGUCAUUACAAGGUUCUCAACUGGAGGCUGAUGAUCCAACAAACAGCUACAUGUUACAGGCAUGGACUAGACUUUGCAAGUGCCUGGGACAUGAUUUUCUCCCUUACAUGAGUGUUGUAAUGCCUCCUCUGCUUCAGUCUGCUCAACUGAAGCCUGAUGUGACUAUCACAUCUGCUGAUUCAGAUGCUGAUAUUGACGAUGAUGAUGACAGCAUUGAGACAAUUACUCUUGGAGAUAAACGGAUAGGGAUAAAAACUAGUGUCUUGGAGGAAAAAGCUACAGCUUGCCACAUGCUUUGUUGUUAUGCUGAUGAGUUAAAGGAAGGGUUUUUCCCAUGGAUCGAUCAGGUUGCUUCCACCUUAGUUCCUCUUCUAAAGUUUUAUUUCCAUGAAGACGUUAGGAGGGCAGCUGUUUCAGCCAUGCCAAUGCUGCUGCAGUCAGCUAAGUUAGCUGUUGAGAAGGGGCAAUCCCAAGGUCGCAGUGAGCCCUACAUUAAGCAAUUGACUGAUUAUAUUAUACCAGUGUUGGUAGAGGCUCUACACAAGGAGCCUGAGGUAGAAAUUUGUGCAAGCAUGUUGGCUGCACUGAGUGAAUGUAUACAGACAUCUGGAUCGCUUUUAGAUGAAAGGCAGGUUAGGUCAAUCGUGGAUGAGAUUAAGGAGGUGAUGCUUGCUAGCUCAUCUAGAAAACAAGAAAGGGCAGAUAGGGCAAAAGUAGAAGACUUUGAUACAGAGGAAGGCGAACUGCUUAAGGAAGAAAAUGAAUUGGAAGAAGAAGUCUUUGAGGGGGUUGGUGAUUGCUUGGGAGCAUUGAUCAAAACAUUCAAGGCCUCUUUCUUGACCUUUUUUGAUGAGCUGUCCUCGUACUUAACUCCUAUGUGGGGUAAGGAUAAAACAGCAGAAGAGAGGAGAAUUGCCAUUUGUAUAUUUGAUGAUGUUGUGGAGCACUGCCAUGAAGCAGCUCUCAAAUACUAUGACACCUACCUUCCUUUCUUAUUGGAAGCCUGUAAUGAUGAUAAUCCGGAUGUCCGUCAGGCGGCGGUGUAUGGAAUUGGUGUAUGUGCUGAGUUUGGUGGUUCUGUGUUCAAACCCCUUGUUGGAGAGGCACUGUCCAGAUUAAAUAUUGUUAUAAGGCAUCCUAACUCUCAGCAUGCAGACAAUAUAAUGGCAUAUGACAAUGCUGUUUCAGCUCUUGGAAAAAUUUGCCAAUUUCACCGCGAUAGUAUAGAGGCAGCUCAGGUUGUACCGGCCUGGUUAAGCUGCUUGCCAAUUAAAGGUGACUUGAUUGAGGCGAAGAUUGUGCAUGACCAGCUUUGUUCAAUGGUGGAAAGGUUGGAUGGGGAAAUUUUGGGCCCCAACCAUCAAUAUCUUCCCAAAAUAGUCACAAUUUUUGCUGAGGUUUUAUGUGCUGGUAAUGAUCUGGCAACAGAGACAACUGUUAGUCGAAUGAUUAAUCUUUUAAGGCAACUUCAACAAUCAUUACCACCCUCUACUCUAGCAUCUACUUGGUCUUCCUUGCAGCCUCAACAACAGCUUGCUUUACAAUCCAUACUUUCAUCUUAAUGAAAAUUUCUUUUUGGUAAACUGUGAUGUCCAACUUCAAGUUCCCUGUGCAUUGCUGCAUUAAUGGAUGUCAAAGACACCUCAAAUUUUGGUCUUGGUGGUCGUUUCUACCAUGUAUUUUAGUCAUAUAUAUAUGUUUGAGGUGUGGUUGUUCACCAAUGUAAUAUAUGAUUAUUUGUUUGAUUGGUAGAGAAUGCACGAAGGUUAAAAAAAAGAAAAAAAGCGUAGUGUGUAUAUAUUUGAGUAUAUUCUUGGUCCAUUUCUUUUUUUGACUGAGAGGUGCAAAAUCAAUGGAUGCUCUUUUGUGAGGUUUUGAGAUUUAGUUGGCCAUAUAUUAUAUUUUAGGUGGAAGCUUGAGACUAUUGUGAUAGCAGUUUUGGGGCUUUGUAUAUUCUUGACUAGACGAUGAAAUAUAAAUUUUCUUUUCUUUUUUAA